AUGAUUGAGGAGAGAGAAGAGCUCAUACUUUCCCAAAAUAGUAACAAUGAAACUCCUGUAUUAAGAAAAGCCCAUUUCCUAAAACCUACUUCAAACCCCAGUGAUCAACCCCUUCCAAAACCCCCUUCUUCAUUUUCUCUAUCCUCAAAAUUUAACAUCAAUCACCUCCAAAAGAAAGUAUUUUUCAAGGGAAGGCCAAAACCCCAGAAAAAUUGGCAUUUAUGGGUUGGUAAUUUAAUGCAAACCCAUGAAUUUACUUGGAAAAAAGUUGGGAUCUUUGAUGCAAUUAGGGCUACUACUUAUAAUUUAAUGUGGGAUAAUGAGUUAAUCUUGGGGUUAGCUCAGAAUUGGUGUUCUGAGACUAACAGUUUUGUAUUUACAUGGGGUGAAUGUAGCAUUACUUUGGAAGAUGUUAUGAUUCUAGGUGGGUUUUCUGUGUUGGGGGAAUGUGUUAAUAACCCAUUUGAAAACAGAGAAAUUGAGGAUAUUGAGAAUGAAUUGCUUAGUGUUUUUUCUGGUGAUAGGAAGAAUAGCCGCAACAAAAUCAAUCAAUAUGAAUGGAUGAAUUAUUUCAUGGAUUUUGGGGGUGAAUUUGAGCAUAUUGCAUUUCUUGUUCUGUGGUUGUCUAGGUAUGUUUUUUCAACUGAUCAUUACUGUGAAAUUUCUCCUUUUGUUUUCCCUAUUGCAAUUGCUCUUGCUAGAGGUACUAGAAUUGCACUUGCUCCUGCUGUUUUAUCUGCAAUAUAUAGAGAUUGA